GACGUCACUUCCUCCUGUCUUAGGCUAGAGAAGAUGGCGGCUAUUGUAGAGAGAGUUGAGGGAGGUGCAGGGUCUGUCGAUUCCGACUCGGUUUCGCCUAGAUUGCCUUCUCCACCGCCAGAUCAACCUCACCAAAACAAUCCUCUUCUCGGACUUCCCAUCGUUGCUAUCGAGACCAUUUUAAAUUUCCUUUCCUAUGAUGAAAUCAGUCUGCUGCGCCUGGUAUGUAAGCGCAUGGACAUGAUCUGUCAGCGUAUGCUUAACCAAGGUUUCCUCAGAGUGGAGCGUUAUCACAGCCUCUGUCAAAAACAAGUCAAAGCCCAGCUUCCGAGGCGGGAAUCUGAGAGGAGGAACCACUCUCUGGCUCGGCAUGCAGACAUCUUAGCUGCAGUGGAAACACGCCUAUCGCUGCUAAAUAUGACCUUCAUGAAAUAUGUGGACUCCAAUCUCUGCUGCUUCAUACCUGGCAAGGUGAUUGAUGAAAUUUACAGAGUACUGCGCUAUGUAAACUCUACCCGCGCACCACAGAGGGCGCACGAGGUGCUCCAAGAGCUGCGGGACAUUUCAUCUAUGGCCAUGGAGUACUUUGAUGAGAAGAUUGUCCCCAUCCUUAAGAAGAAGCUCCCAGGUGCUGACCUAUCUGGCCGUCUUAUAGGAUCCGCACCAGUGGCUGGGCCGUCUAACUCUCUUAGCACCAUGACGCUGCUGGCCAAAAAUGCGCCGUCCCGCUCUGAGAUGACAAAGGUUCAGCAGCAGGUGAAGGUGAACGGCGCGUCUAUGACGGCACUGAGGCGGGAAAUGCAGGAGGUUCGCAUCAAGCAGCUCGAGCAGCAGAAGCAGCUGCAAGACCAGGAGCAGAAGCUGCUGGAACAGACGCAGGUGAUCGGUGAGCAGAACGCACGCCUUGCUGAGCUCGAGCACAAGCUGCGCGAGCUCAUGGAGAGUGCUGUGGAUUCCAGUGCAACCCGGGCCAUGCCCACUACCUCCACUUCCUCCUCAACAUCCUCAUCUGCUGGCGCUGUAGCUGUAGCGUCCACUUCUUCGGUCAGCCUGGGCACGACAUCAGCGAGCAUAGCGGAAGAAGGCAGCAUCCCUCUCAAACGGCGCCGCAAGAAUUCAGACCUACCGCGCCACUCCAAGCGUCUGCGGAGCAAGAAGUAGAGGGAUUUAUUAUAGUUUUAUGAGUUGCUCCUUUUUUUGUUUGUUUUUGGAGAGUCGUUUCUUGCUUAAUCCAAUCUGCAAAGUUCUUUGCACCUGCCCACAUUUGGCGCAAAACAUGGACAGAGCGUGAUGGAUAUCUGCUUUUAUUUUUACGUGUUUUAAAGCAAAUGCUACUGUGCCCCUUUGUAAUCAUACACUAAUAAGCCUAAAGGCUCUUGGUGUAAUGGCUUUAGGUGACGCUUGCCUUCUGUGUCUGCUACCAUUGUAUGGCAUCGAUCCCAAAAUUCACAAUGAAAGGGGGAAUGAAAAGCUGUAAUUAAGCUGUUGCUGAGACAAGUGCAAAAGCAUGUUCUUUCCCUGCAGAAUAAGUGAACUUUAAGAAAGAGGUGAAAAAGAGCACAUACAUGUAACACAUACACUGGCUACAAAGUUAAUGUUUUUUUAACUAUUGCCCCAAGUUUAGCCAGAUAAAGUCUAAAUUACUUAAAGCAUGUGUUUGAUAUUUCAUGAAAUGAUUAAUAUUCAGAAUGUCAGAAUUUGAAAACUUACCUAAAUGAUCCCUGCCUAUUGCAAGUGACACCUCCUUGCAAUGUCAUGAUGUAGCUACUAUUAUUUUUGUGGUUGUACAGUUGCUUACUAAAUAGAGCUGUCAGUGCAAUAAGACUUGUCCAGAAGCUUUGUCCUGAGUUAUUAGCAUUCACUUUAUUGUUGAGGGGUACACAUCUGCCGUUCCAGUCUUGCUACAUUUUUUUCGUCUAUUCUCUGAACGUCUUGUGGCUUUCACUUUCCUACGUGCCGUAUUCACUCUGUCAUGGAAAUAAUUCACCCAAACAAUUCACACCUACACUAGCUAGCAGCAAAAUGAAAACCAACUUUGUCAUCUAGUAUGGUGUAUUACUUGACAACGUUAGCUUUCAUUUGCCUGUUUGGCUAACCUCCUUUACUGAGUAGAAAUUAUUUUAGUCCUUGUAAAAUAAAGGAGACCUUAAAUGCAAGCAGAAGUCUCGCAUUUAUACUUUAUCACCAAGACAUUUAAGCAAGAUUUGCAUAAGGGGGCAUAUGGUAGCCUACUGGUUAAGGUGUUAGGCUACCAAUUGGAAGGUUGAGUUUGAUCCCAGGUCCACCAAGCUGCCACUGUUGGGCCCUUGAGCAAGGCCCUUAACCCUCAAUUGCUCAGUUAUAUAAAAAAAAGAGAUAAUGUAAGUCGCUCUGGAUAAGGGCGUCUGCCAAAUGAUGAAAAUGUAAAAUGUAAAGAUUUAAUCAUAGGCAUAUCAUGCUAAAGCCCUGAAAGAAUUUGUUGCAUUGCUGCAAAAUAAUUAGCCCACAUAGAAUCCCAAAAUAGAAAUUCUCCCAUUUUUUUUAGCAGUUUGAAGCUGCCCUGAAACCAAGGUUUUGUCAUAUUUUACAGCCUGAAAGCAUAACUGUAAAGCUAUUUAGUCAUCAACUGCCUCAUCAACAGCUCUUUGUUUAUCUCGGUCACUGAGAUAGUGUUAGCCGUGCAUAGCAUGUAAUUAAAUAUCGUGGUAGCCCUGAUAAAACUUCAUUAGAUUUACUGAAGUAUGACUGAAAUCUCCACCAUCCUGUCCACAUAAACACUUUCACACAUUGGAUCCUGCAGGUUAUUUAGAAAUUAGCGCAUCUUGCUAACGUUAUUCGCUUCUUCUUAAUGUUAAGGCCAGGAAGGACGAAGGAAGGGAACGAAACCUCAAAGAAAACACUCCAUAAUGAAGAUUGCCGUUAGUGAAUAAUAGAGCUUGUUAUUUUGAUGUUAUACUGACAUUUAAAAUCUUUGUUAGUUUUAAGCAUUAGCAUUGUUUGGGUUAAAAAACACUUUAAUUUGGAAAAAUCUCUAUAUUUCUACAGACAAAUCGGAUUCCAAAGAUGAGAGUAUACAAGACAGACCCUGACCAAGAAUUGGAUCCAAUUAAUAGUUCCUUCUGAACCCUUGCUUUAGAAUCGCAUGUAUGUUUUAAUAAAAUAAGCAGGACACACACUGAAAUACUUUAUAGCUUGUAGAUUAAUGCAAGACUGGUUCGUUUUAGAAAGGAAAAAGUACUGUACUGUAACCAUGUACUCUAGAGAGAUGACUGGAUGAUGUAAUGUAUGUAAUAAGGGGAGAAUAAUCAUGUACGUUGCCUGUUUGUGGCAAUGAGAGAAAAAAAGAUUGUUGCACAUAUUACUGUUUAAAAAAAAAGUUCAAAUGAAUCAUAUUAAAUCACAUUAUGGCAGA